AUGGUAGUGACUAUGCUGAACUUCUUAUUUGUUAUCAUAGCUGGAUCGUUAUUAAUGACAACAUCGUCGACACUAGCUAUAUUUGUCAAAUCUGAUUGUCCAGAAAAGUGCGGAAACAUAACUAUCCCAUUCCCAUUCGGAAUUGGAUCGUCCAAUUGUUAUUUUGACAAAUGGUUCGAAAUCUCUUGCAACUCUACUACGCCUUUCCUCAAACAAACUCAACUACAGGUACUUAACAUUUCCUCAAAUGAUGUUGUGUACAAUGACGAAUGGGUUCAGGUGAGAAGCCCCAUCAGUUUCUUCAACUGUGCAAAUAAGACAAGCAUAAAAUCAGCAAAUUUAACAGGAAGCCCCUUCUACUAUUCUUCUGAGAAUGACUUCGUUGCAGUAAGUUGUGGUCUUGUUGCCAAGUACGAAAUAAGGAGUGGUAUCAGGCUCGUCCAGGAUGGGUGCACCAGCAGCAGUUCCAUCUGCUCAUCAUCAUCCAAUAGUAGUAAUAAUGUUGAUUUUAGUAAUUGCCACGAUGGCGUUAAAUGUUGUCGUACUUCUUUCUCUAUAGACAGAGGUGUCAGCUUCAAAAUCUCCAUGGAUAAUGAUUCUAGUACAACUCUUGCAACAAAUCGUGAUAACGAAUAUUGCAAAUAUGCAGCCCUGAUUGAUCCUAAUGAAAUUGAUAAACACAAAACAUCCCAUGAUGAUGAUCUGGAUUAUUAUACAGAACAACCAACUCUUAUUCCUACUUCAAAGUCACAAGGGAAAAGAAAGUUUGUGUACCAUCCUGAGUCAUGA